AUGAAGCGAAUGAAACCCGAAGAGAUCCAGCCAUGGAUCCGAGCAAACCCCGACGCGCUCAGAUGCUUUUCCACAUACAGCUUCACGAUCCUAAAGAAAUACAUCCGGGAGAUAGGUCUGCUUUCUGAUCUCCAAAAUAGGGUCUGCGACUACGGGUUGAUCAGUGUCGAGGUCCACGAAGUGUCCAACUCUUUGGCCGAACCCAAAUUCGGCAUCACAUCCAAGACAACUAGCCUCGGCUGGCCGGCGACCCAGGUCACCACACUGGCUCUACUGAGGCUCCUUGUAGAAGUCCGCGCUCAUAGACGUAAAGUCAAGCGUCUUCGCUUCAACCGCUGGCGAGAUGAAUCACUUGACCAACAACUGUGGACCGACGAACGCAGGCUUUCCUCAAUACGGCUCAGCCGCGAAAAUAUCGACACGGUGGACUGA